AUGUCUCCAAAGAAAAGUAAAACCACAAAACCAUCAUUAAAAAAAGCGGGAACGAUGACGACUACUGCAGCUACUGGUCAAGAAUAUUUACAACGAACAUGGGGUAAUGAUCGAUUAAAAAGAGUUAAUGCUUUAUAUGCUGCACGUGAUGAAGCAAAAACAACUUCAUCAACAUCACAAGCUAAACCAAAAUUAUCCAAGACACGAACUAUGCAAAAUACAACAAAAGAAGCAAAAGAAUUGCUUGGCAAAGAGGUACUUGCUGAUACACGUACCGAAACUAAACGUCGUCAAGCAGCUGCACUAGCUAGAAAAACACUUGAAAAAGCUAAGAAACAAAAAAGUCCGCGUAAACCAACUCUAAAACGACUUGGUACAAUGGCUAAAACAGCAAAUGAAGGUAAAGCAUACGUCAAACGAACGGGAAAGAAAACAACUCGACAAAAACGUACUGGUAGUCCAACUAAAAAAUAA